AUGCAAUCCAAUCAAAAGCUCUGCAUCGCUAUCUUUGGCCCUACCGCCUCGGGGAAGACCAAACUGGGGGUCGCCAUUGCAAAAGCCUUUCCGAGCGAGGUUAUCUCCGUCGACAGUCUACAGUGCUACAAAGCGGGAAGCAUUAUCACAGCUAAGCCUACUGCUCAUGAGAUAGCUGAUGUUCCUCAUCAUCUGAUUGACUACCUCGAGGCUGAUGAGGAGCCCAAUGACUUUGUGGCCCAAGCUGCUGACAAGAUGGAAGAUAUCACAAAUCGAGGAAAACUCCCCAUUCUUGUCGGCGGUUCGACUUCUCUCGCGAUACCUUUGCUGCACGAGGCACUGAAGCGGCAGUAUCGGUUCGUGGCUGCAACUCUGAUCCCGCGUCAGUCAACAUACUGGCAGUCCAUCCAAGUCAGAGCCAGCGAGAUGCUCGAGAGGGGUCUUCUGGCCGAACUAGAGGAGUUGAGAGACCUGCAGCAGAGUCUCCUCGAUGACAACGCAUGCUUCCAUAAGGGAGUAUGGAAGGCCAUUGGGUAUCAAGAGUUCUAUCCCUAUCUCGAGGCAGAGUCGUCAUGCAACGCCCGUCAGUCGUCAUUCCAGAGGGGUCUCGCACUGAUGAAUGCAAACACUCUGCAGUACGGCUUCCAUCAACUCGAGUGGAUUCGUUCUAUCCUCAACCCUUUUCUGCACCAAGCCGGCGUCGUAUGCAUGAGCCUCCCUGUCACUGACAAUGCUUCGUGGAUGUCAGAUGUCCAGAUACCUGCUAUCUCAAUGCUCAACGACCUGUGCUACAGUUUGCGAACGAUCAAAGUCUCCACCAAUGGAACACUAAACUCUAGCCCCAAGUUUCGAGUCGUUGGUCUAUUUGGCGGAUCUUCUCCGGGGAAUGAUCCGGGUCACAUCGAUGCGGCUAAAAGGCUUGCGUUUGCUCUACACCAACAUAGCUACAAACUCGUCUACGGCGGCGGAACAACUGGGAUCAUGGGCGCCAUUGCCAGCACUCUGGUGCAACUCUCUGGACCAAGUGCCGUCCAGGGCAUCAUUCCCGUUGCACUCGCCAAGUACGAAGAAAGACUCACUAAGAAAAGGGCCGACCCUUCAAAGUUCGGGAACAGGACUGUCGUCAAAGACAUGCAUACACGCAAGAGACUCAUGAUCGAGGCAGUCAUUGGUGGCGCUCCAGGGAGCGGCUUUGUAGCUCUCAGUGGGGGAUACGGUACCUUGGAGGAACUCCUCGAGACAACGACUUGGUACCAGCUUGGUAUUCAUCAAUGUGGAAUCUGUGUGUUUGACGUAUGCGGAUUUUACAAGGGUUUAAUGGACUGGGUUUGUCAGGCUGCACAGGCAGGGUUUGUUGGCACAGAGGAUGCUACUAUUCUGCGGGUUGCAACGACGGCUGAGGAUGUCAUCGGCUGCCUAGGCAGUAAUGAUCAUCGUUAUUCGCGGAUGGGUGAGCUGGAAUGGGAUUAG